AUGUUCUCAAACAGAAGUUCCGGCUCCGGCAAUCCCACUGGCAGCAGGAAUAAGGAAAACGAAACAAAGGAAGAACAAAACAAACGGGAUGACGCAGCUAUGGAGGCUAUCGUAAUGAAACCGACUAUACAAUCUGGAUUGAGAAAUCGAGAGAAAUCCAUGAAUCCGAACUCGCCGGGUAAGAAGAUAGUUCAGGAAAAGAUGGAUCAGUAUGCUAAGGAAAAGAAGGAAAAGAAAAAGAAGGAAGUACAAGCAGGGAAGCGUAAAUCGUAG